GAAGGUGUUGCAGCAUCGAUGAUGCAUCUGGUGUUUACUCUGGUCCCUCCGCCUCCUCUUCCUCCCCUGGGGGUUGGGGAGGCUGCCUGUGUCUGAAUGCAUGGGAGAAAAUGGCAGAAACAUCAAUUGUCGGAGGUCCGCGCGGUUUUUGGGGAUCUGCACUGGGUCUCCUUGGUGGUGCCUCCGGCUCCGCCCCGUGCGCGCUCCGCGCGUCAGGGGAUGGGGGUCCAGCGCCGAUCUAAGAAAUCCGCGCGGACCGCCGAAAGUUUCUGCUUAAGUAGUGUUUUGUUCUUCGAAGUCCACCCCACCGAGAGCCGGGACAAAGUAUGCUUCGUCAUGGUCCGGAAGCCGCUGGACAGGACCGUGGCGCAUUACACCAGGUUUGGGGUGAUAGACCAGUUCGACGGCCAGGAAAUGAAUCAGCUGUCGCUCGAGAGGCUGGACCUGGCGGUGCGCAGGACUGGCGGUGGCGAGUACAUGGCUAGAUACCUGGGCUGUGCCGACGAGGAGGGCUGCGAGCAGCCGAUAGCCUCCAUCAUAGACCUCGCGAAGGGACAGCUCCGCAGCUGCCACGUGGGCAUUACAGACCACUUCAAGGCGACUCUGGCCUAUCUGAAGGUGCUUCUCCCAUGGGUUGACCUGGAGUCGAUAAGUGACAUCCACGCGCGCCCUGCGAAUUACCUCGACGGCAAGACCCUCAUCGCGAAGAUGACACCUACACCUGAGAAGGUCAGGAUGAUGGAACAGUGGUACGCGGCAGACACGGUCAUCUACGACUACGGCAGGGACCUCUUUCUCAACCAGACUAAGCACGCAAUGAGAUGUUAUGGGGAUGUAAGUUCCGAUGAUCCCAUUCAGAGGUUGAAGCAGAUGCCAAAGGUAUCCCGCAAGGUGAGGCGGAAGUCCGAGGCGUACCAGUGGGAGGUCGCGAAGUGUAUUGAGAGAGCCGUAUAUUGCCGAGAGGGGAUCCUUAGAGACAUUUGUAGUUGCACCCCCGCAGAGAUCGCAUGAGCCACGGUUGCCGAAAGAGUUCGCUCCGCUACGAGCAGGGCGAUUCGUCGUCCUCGUCCCCUCGGUGUCCGUUUCGAUCCGAUUCGAUCUGGGGUGGGCGUCGUCUCGCGCUGCCCUUCCCGCCUCCUCCUCCUCCUCCUCCUCCUCCUCCUCCUCCUCCUCCCGAGCUCAACGGCGAGGGAAACCAGACUCGAUCAUUUUUGUCGCGGCGUGCCCCCGGAGGUCUGGGCCCUUGCCCGAGAGCGGCGUCUCAUCCUGAAUUGUUUCCCCCCACAUCCCGACUGGGUUUGUCCGGCUGCCUGCGGCGAAAGCCCCGCCACCGUGCCUGCGCAGCAGCGCAGCCGGAAGGAGGUUGAGCGUAGGAGCAGCGCAUUCUUCGCCUUCGUCCGCGCGCCAGGGAG